AUUGAUGAGGAUCGCUAUAGCAGUCAGCUUGCCAUGUACGGGACGGAGACCAUGAGGUGCCUCUUGGACUCGAAUGUCCUCAUCUCUGGGCUCAAUGGGUUAGGCGCUGAAAUUGCAAAGAACCUUGCUCUUACUGGAUUCAAGUCUGUCACUAUACAUGAUGUAAAGAAUGUAGAGAUGUGGGACUUGUCUGGCAAUUUCUUUUUGUCUGAGGAUGAUAUCGGGAAGAACAGGGCCGUUGCUUGUGUAGCAAAGCUGCAAGAGCUGAACAAUAAUGUUGUCAUCUCAGCUUUGACAGAGGAACUAACGACACAGCACCUGUCGAAGUUCCAGGCUGUUGUUUUCACUGAUAUAGGUCUAGACAAAGCUUAUGAAUUUGAUGACUAUUGCCAUACCCACAAGCCUCCUAUUUCCUUUAUAAAAUCUGAAGUGUGUGGCCUAUUCGGUAGCGUCUUCUGCGACUUUGGACCAAAGUUCACUGUUCUUGAUGUUGACGGGGAAGAUCCACAUACUGGUAUUAUCAGCAGUGAUAAUCCUGCACUGGUAUCCUGUGUUGGUGAUCUCGAACGAAUUGAGUUCCGUGAUAAGGUGAAGGAGCCAAAGGUAUUAUGCUUCAAGGCACUAAGAGAGGCCAUGCGAGAUACUGGAGAUUUUCUUGCCAGUGACUUCUCAAAGUGUGAACGGCCCCUUGUGCUUCACCUGGCAUUUGAAGCGCUGGAUAAAUUUAAGAAAGAGUAUGGGCGCUACCCUGCUGCUGGUUGUGAGAAGGAUGCUCAAAGUUUCCUGAAUAUCUGUGCUUCCAUUAAUGAAUCCUCAGUUGGCCGCAAGCUGGACACUAUUGAUGAGAAACUAUUCCAACAGUUUGCAAGUGGUUCUCGGGCUGUUUUGAACCCCAUGGCUGCAAUGUUUGGUGGUAUUGUUGGCCAAGAAGCUGUGAAAGCAUGCUCCGGGAAGUUCCAUCCUCUAUAUCAGUUCUUCUAUUUUGACUCUGUUGAAUCCCUGCCAACAUAUACGUUGGACCCCGAAAACUUGAAGCCAUCAAACAACCGCUAUGAUGCUCAGGUCUCUAUAUUUGGUUCCAAGCUUCAAAAGAGACUGGAGAAGGCUAAUGCUUUUGUUGUGGGGUCUGGAGCUCUUGGAUGCGAAUUCCUUAAAAACCUUGCAUUAAUGGGAGUGUCUUGUAGCAAUCAAGCAAAGUUAACUAUAACAGAUGAUGAUGCCAUUGAGAAAGGCAAUUUAAGCUCCCAUUUCUUAUUUCGUGACUGGAACAUUGGCCAGGCAAAGUCUACUGUGGCCGCUACAGCUGCUGGUGCUAUCAACCCCAGCCUCCACAUCGAGGCCCUCCAAGCCCCUGCUUGUCCAGAUACUGAGAAUGUUUUCAAUGACACAUUCUGGGAGGGCCUAGAUGUAGUCAUCAGUGCACUGGAUAAUGUCAAUGGCAGGAUGUAUAUGGGUAUGAGGUGCCUGUACAUGCACAAGCCAUUAUUGCACUCACAGACAUUUGAUGCGAAGUGCAAUACUCAAAUGGUGAUUCCUCACCUUACUGAAAACUAUGGGGAUUCAAGAGAUGCUCCUGAGAAGAAGGCACCACUUUCGUGCAUGCUUAAUUAUUUUCCAGAGAACAUAAAUCAUUGCUUGGCAUGGGCUCGUUCAGAAUUCGAGGAUUUAUUUGUCAAAUCACCAAAUGAAGUGAACUCUUUUCUGGCAAAUCCUUUGCAAUAUGCUGAAGCUAUGAGGAGGGCUGGUGAUGCUCAAGCGCGGGAAGUACUUGAGCGCGUCUCUAAAAAUCUCGACGACGAACUCUGCAUCUCAUUUCAUGAGUGCCUACGUUGGGCACGAAUGAAAUUUGAUGAGUAUUUCUCAAAGCAUGUGAAGCAGCUCAGGUUCACUUUUCCUGAAGAUGCUGCCACUAGUAUAGGUGCUCCUUUCUGGUCUGCCCCCAAGCGCUUCCCUCAUGUGCUGGAAUUUUCAGUUGAUGAUCCAUAUCAUUUGAACUUCAUCAUGUAUGCGUCGAUAUUGAGAGCGGAGUCAAGUGGCGUUUCUGUUCCCGAAUGGCCAAAGAACAGCUGUAAGCUUGCUGCUGCUGUAAAGAAGAUCCGGGUACCUAAUUUCACGCCAAAGAGAGGGUUUAAUAUUGUGACUGAUGAGGAGGAACUGAAUCAUAAAAACACGUCAGCUGGUGAUGUCGCUGUUAUUAAUUAUCUUCUUGCGAAAUUGCAUGAAGAUGUGAUUUGCCUACCACCGGGAUUUCAAAUGAAACCUAUCCAAUUUGAGAAGGAUGAUGACACUAACUUCCACAUGGAUUUAGUAGCUGGAUUAGCAAAUUUGCGUGCAAGGAACUACAACAUUCCUGAGGUUGACAAGUUGAAGGCUAAGUUCAUUGAUGGUGGAAUUGUCCCAGGUAUUGUGACCUCAUCUGCCAUGGCCACAGGCCUUGUGUGCCUAGAGCUGUACAAGGUGAUUGCUGGUGGGCACCCCAUUGAAGACUAUCGCAAUACAUUUGCAAACCUAGCUCUCCCGUUGGUUUCCAUGGCUGAACCAGUUCCAGCAAAGGUAACAAAGCAUAAGGACAUGAGCUGGACUGUAUGGGACCGAUGGUGCAUCAAAGGUAAUCUCACCGUUGGUGAACUUGUGCAAUGGUUUGCUGAGAAGGGCCUUACCGUCUCUAGCAUUUCGUGUGGCGCAUCGCUGUUGUACAACAAGAUGUUCGCAAUGCAUAAGGAUAGGCUGCCUAAGAAUGUUGUGGACAUCGCCAAAGAAGUUGCCAAGGUUGGGAUUCCUGAUCACACAAGGCAUUUGGAUAUUGGCGUGGCCUGCAAGGAUGACGAUGAGAACGACGUUGACAUUCCUACAGUGUCGAUUUACUUUCGGUAG